UAGAGCAAACACACACCCCUACAUCUGGCUUUACAGAGAGAUUAAAAUAUCUCAUGUCUGAUGGCCUCUGGCAUAAACAAGAUUCAUCAGCCCGGGACUUGCAAUGAAGCUAAAGCCGCUCAGUGCAGCUCGACAGAGGAAUGCAACCAGGAACUCCACCUGCAAAUGUGCAAGAAGAUUGCCCAGCUCACCAAGGUGAUAUAUGCUUUGAACACUAAAAAUGACGAGCAGGAGGCCAGUAUACAGGCUCUUAAAGAAGCUCAUCAAGAGGAAAUUCAGCGCAUCCUUGCUGAGACAAGGGAAACCAUUCUCCAAUAUAAAUGCAAAGUAGGAGAAGAGCAGGAGCUACGAAAGCAUAUUCAGACCCUUGAAGAUACACUGGAGCAACACACGAGGCUAAAGGAGGAAGCCUUAGCAGAAUUUACUGUGUGCAAGAAGCAGGUGGAAGAGAAGGCAUUCAGAACAGAGGCAAAACAUACUGAAAGGAUCAUUACCCUUUCCAAGGAGAUGCUAGAUACGAAGACAGACUCUGAAAACAAGCCUCAACAUUUCAAUCAGGAGUCAGAGAGCCUGGUAAAUGAUUGUAAGCCUUUUAGGCAAGAGAAAUUGGAUAGAAAGGAGACAAUAGAUGAAAAAUGCAGCAUAGAGUUGCAGGCUCUAAUUAAUGAAAUGGAAAAGCUCAAGAGGGAGAACCAGAAAAUAACUGAAGAAUAUGCUCAGAAAGCCAGCAAACUACAAGCCUCUUACAAGAAAGAAAAAGAGACUUUGAAAAAGGCCAUGCAGCAGUCAGUGGCCGAUACACAGAAACAGUGCCAGCAAAGAGCAACAGAGCAAAAGAAAAGCUCUGAGGCCCAGGAAGCUGCUUUGCGGCAGCAGGAGAAGAAGCUGGAGGCUGAGCUGGAGGUGAAAGGCCAUAAGAUAAAUGAGUUGAAGAAGCAUUCCCAGAAGCUGAAGGAGAGGAUGCAGGACUUGGAAAUACAGCUUAAGGAGUCUCAACAAGAGACUCUGGAGUCCAAAAGCACAGUGCAGAAACUGGAAGAAGAAUUGACUGUAGCCAAAGAGAGGCUCAUGCUGCAGGAGAAUGAAAUACUGAGUAAAGCAGAAGAAAUGGAAACCGUGCUGAAUUCCCAAAGCAAAGCUGAGAAAGAAGUAGAUGAACUGAAGAAUCAAAUAAUGCAGCUGCAGCAAAUGACCUACACCAAACAGAGCCACACCGAGGAAGGCAGUGAAGACACACAGCCCAUGGAAGCUGCAGCUACUGAAAUAGAAGAUAUAAAGCAACGGCACGAAGAAGAACUUCAUAAAAUUAAACGACAGUCAGAUGAGGAGAAAAUGCGUUUGAAGGAGCAGCUUGUGAAGGGGUUGGAAGAUCUUGUAAAGAAACACACAAUGGAAAUCAAAUCUGCUCAAACCUCCAUGGAAGCUGAAAGAAAAACAUUGCAGAAGGAGGUUCAGAUACAGUUGGAGGAAUUAAGAAAGAAUGCUGAGAAUGAAAUAAAGCAGCUAGAGAAGGAGAAAGAAGCCCUAAGUAGGAAACUUCAGGACUCUUCACUUGAGGUUUUAAGGCUUGAAGAUUUUAUCCGGCAAAAUCAGGAUAUUCUCAGAUACAAAGAAUUUCUUCAGUCUCACUCCAGAAAAACUCCUGAGAGGCAACAGGAAUCAGAUAGCCCACACUGUGGAACUAGCGAGAUACAGCAGGCUACCAGAGACACACAAGAAAAACAGAAGACUCAGGAAGAGAACAAGCCAAGGAAAACCUCCCCAAGAGUUGAAUGUGGAUUGGAUCCGUUUCUGCAGCAGAAAGACAGGUCUAAACCACAGAGAGAAAGGGGCAAAGGCCAAGAGCCCUUAAGAGCACAGACAGGGACCAGAAAUGAAGCCAAGCCACGGCUGGAAAACGCACGUGCCCCCAGAAGGGAAGACAGGCAGCCUUCUCUUACUUCUUUACAGAAAGAGAAGGCAAAAGAAGCAAAGGUUUUGCAGGAGGAAUGGCACAACCAAAAGACUGAUUUACAAGCUCAGGUUGCUCAGCUGAAGCAAACUUUAGACCAGCAAGCAAAUAACUUCAAAGAAUCUCUGAAGGAGCAGACUCUACAGUCCAGCAAAGAGAAAGAGACGCUUUUGCAGGAUCUUCAAGACACCAUUCAACAAAGCCAGAAUGUUAAAGCACAGCUGGAGGCAUCACAUCAGAGAGCUAUACAAAUGUUAGAGAAAAGCAAAAAUCAGGAACUCAAGGAGGCAGAAGAACAUUUGAAGAAAAAAUAUGAUGACCACAUCAAAAUCCAACAUCAGUCUCACAGAUUGGAAAUACAGGCUUUGGAAGAGAAGGCAAAGAAAGAAUUACAGGGUGAACUUGAACGGAUACAAAAACAACAAGCUGCAUUGAUAGAAACUCUGAGGAUGGAGCUGUCGGAGCAAUACGCAUCCUGCACCAAUCACAAAAAGCAAAUGGAAGAACUCCAGACGGAGCUGAAGAAUGUGAGAGCACUGAAGAAGCAACAGGAAGGAAGUAACCAAAACCAGAUUACAUUUCUUAAUGAGGAACUAGAGAAAUGUCAGAAUGAGAUUGCUGGGCUCAAGAAAGAGAAUUCGCUUCUAAAGAACACAAUGGAGCUGCUCAGUCCAGAGAUGGACUUACAGAAGCAAAAGUCUACACAGCUUCAGGACAAGGAGAAGCAACACAGGCUACUGGAAGAAGACCUCAAAGUCAAGCACCAAAAAGAACUGGACAUCUUGAAACAAGAGCAUCGUAAGGAAAUCCAGAACAUGAUAGCUGAUUUCAGCAGUGCUCAGGCUCAUCUCCAAGCAAAGAUUGUCUCCCUAGAAACCGAACUUAAAGAAUUAGAAGAGAAACCAAGAAAACGCGAGUCCAGGCCAGAAGAUAUGCAUCUUAUAGGCUGCUUGCAAAGUAAAUUAAGUGAGAGAGAAGAAAUUAUCAAACAACUGACGGAGGGAAGAAAAUUUCAGCAUUUGCUUUUACCCAGCACUGAAUCUCACCGGAAUAGAUCCUUUUCCUUCAACCCUAAUCCUGGAUGCUUAACUCCUUCCAUGAAGCAGAAGAAACUGAACGAGCUGCCAAGCCGUGUUGUCAGUGUUCCGAAUUUAGCCUCCUACGCAAAGAACUUUUUGAGCUGUGACUUGAGAUCAAAGAGAAAUGCCCCUCCAAUAACGAAAUCAACAAGCUUAGACCAGAGUGCUGGCUGCAUCAGGGCCAGCUAUCAGUCAGCACAGUCCUCAGACAGUAACCACGCCACAAGGACACAAGGCAACGAAGCACCCAUAACCAAAGAUGACCAGAAACAAGACCCUCGGCAUCAGGAAUGGUUUACUAAAUAUUUUUCAUUCUAAAACAAAUUAUUUCCAGAGUACCCAGAAAGAUGACCUCAGAUAAUUUCUCACACUCAUGUGAAAUGUUUAAUCAGGGUACUGACUGGGAAAAAAAAAUUGAGCUGCACACAGUUGACUAGGAAUCUAAGUGCUCUUGGCAUCCAGGUACUAUGGGAUUAGAGGGUGGGUGCUUUAGAAAUAUAUAUGAUUAUUGUAAAAACGAAGGCAGGUUAGGUGAAAAUUAUGGGUAUGUUGUCAUCUCAAUAGCCAGAUGUUGCAAAGGAAGAGUCCUUCAUAUCAAGAUAGGAACCGUUUCACAGUUAUGCAGGCAGAGUGCUGAAUUUGUUCCCCAGUGACUCCUGUCCGGCUCUCUUUUAAGAAAACACCUUAACUUUAUUUUGUGCAUGUUUUAACAUAAAUCAUGUGAUUUCAUAUUUAUUACAUCCCAUGCUUUCUUUUCCCUUUUUUUGCUGUUUAAUAUUCAAAUAAAAUAAAUGGAAGGGAAUUACUUUUAGAGGGUGUUCGUUCAAUCUGGUAGUUUUAAAUUUGUUGUACAGUGUACAUUGUACUGACAGACUGUCAGCAGGAUGCUUUAGAAUUAUUAAUAUAAUUAGAAUUGGGAAGUAUCCUUUUUGCAGUUGUAUAGACAGCUCAUUACAAGAUACUAUUCAUGUCAUUCUCAUUAAACAUAUUUAAGGAUCAGUCUGGGAAAUUCAGGAUAAAAUUCAAUUAUGACUAUUAAUAAAAUAUUUGCUUACAGAUCAAAUUAAUGUUUUACACUUUAAUUCAUUAUGCAGAAUUUUGACCCAGACUGUGUACAAGUCAUAAAGUUUCAAGUUUAUGAAAGACAGGUAUUCAGUAUAUGCCAUCCAUGUGUCUCUUCAAUAUGUCUACCUCUGGUAUGUAAGCACCAGGUACAUCAAUCCAUUGGGAGGACCAAAUCAUCCACA